ACAUCUAACUCCCCUGCUUCACCAACCCGGAUUUCCUUUUCUUAUCACACGACUAUUACAAGCGUACUUUUACUUUCAGAGAUGACAUUGAUUCGAUUCCUACCAUGAUCUGAUAUAUGUUUUAUAUUUACAAAAACCUGACUAACGAGAUGAAUUGUGAAGUCGUUAUGAUACUGUUAAUGACGAUACCAUACACCUUGUCUUAUGAGAUGAAAGACCAACUGGUUAAGCCUGGUGACACAGCCUUAUUCCGGUGUGCUGGUAGUCAGGAUGAGACGUCAUGGUUCAGGGGAACGGAAGUGCUGAGGGACGGAGGAAACAUUAAGAUAUCUGACAAACGAUUCACUUUCAGAGAUGAUGCCGAUGAUGAACAGCUGAUGGCAUUAUCUGACACAGUUUUUGGAGAUAGUAACUCGUAUGUGUGUCGGUCUAACACGGGAGAUAGAGAACCACUAGUGGCAUACACACUUGUAGUAUCAGAACCUCCAGCGAUCAGAGUAACUAAUGGCAGCUUCAGCGGACCGCUGGUGGAGGUCAAUGAAACCGGAAACGUGAGCCUGUGGUGUAAUGUAACCGGGGUUCCCCUACCCAGGAUAUCCUGGUAUGCCUACCUAAACAAGACCAACCCUAUCGAAAUCGGUAUUAAUGGACCAAAACUGCAAAUACGAAAUAUUUCGAGAUACUGUCCUUGGCGAUAUUACUGCGAGAUGGAAUUCGCUCAAUACGAGGACAUGACAUCAAAAAAGGAAAUGAACCUAACCAUUAAUUAUUCGCCGAGUGUUGUGCUGCAAAUCUCGAAGCGAUCUACUGAUGAAAUUGAUUGGCACUACAUAGAGUUAAACGAAACAGAAAAUAGUUUUGCAACGAACAUAACAGACCGGAUAAGCCUGCACUGCUUAGUCGAUGCCAGGCCUUACAACUCUAGUACAUGGCUAUUCAAUGGUACACCCUUCGUCACUCAUAGUCGUGUGGACAGUAAACCGAACAUAGGUUUUCAAGUUCCAUUCACUUAUGAGAUAACGGAAUUUAACAUCGCUGUUCAGGAACACUACAAGUUACUUAUGGUUGUAUUUAAAUUCCAGACAAUUAGAGCUUAUGGAGAGUUCGAGUGCCAGGCCCAGAAUGCAUUGGGAAUGCAAUCAGCAUCUUUUAGCAUACGUGAACCAUAGAAUCUACAACUUGUUCCUCUACACUGAUUUUGGUGACACUAAAGGAGAUAUACGCUUACAAGAAUCACAUGUUGUAAAUAACAUUUUUUUUUAUCACAUGAUUUUCGUAAUCAUAACUUAUGAUUGUGUAUUGUUUGUUCAUGUUGUACCCCAGAUUUGUUUAUCACACACAAUUUUGUUGUAAGUGCAAUGAUUAUUUUCACUCCGUUUUUUUCAAAUAAUAUUUUGUCAUUAUGUUGUAAGUGUCGAUGUUUCGACGAUUCUACAUGAGCUUUCUAUUUUAAAUUCCAUUAUCAAAAACUAACGCUUCAUUGUUUUUAUACAAAUGCUGAAAUUCAUUCGCCAUUUAUUCCUCCUUUUAUACUUUCAUGAAAGCAUAAUUAGUCCUGAUUCCUACAAGAGAACCAGAAAAUGAAAUAAUAAAUAAUGACUAGUUGAUUGGGAAAACAAAUAAAACUGUACACUAA